AUGAAGUUCAUCAACAGGAUCACCGUGUUUCUGCUGCUGCUCCUGGCUGGCGUGACCAAGCCGAAUCAAGCAUGUAAGCUGUACUCCAAGAGCAACCUGCGAACCAAGUCCGAUGGCGUGCAGUUUCUACGGCUCAAAGAGGACUUCCCGGUAGGUGGUGAGAUCGUGUCAUUGUAUGCGUACCCACGCAACUCGAUCCUGAUCCCACGCACCGAGAACUCGAGCGACUACGAGUACUUCAAGUUGAAGGAAAUCAACAGCACGGUGGUGAGCGUCAUCCUGAAUCGUAGCCUCGACGGCCUGGUCGACUCGGACGACCCCCAGAGCAUCCUCAAGUUCAGCGUUUUCUGCAGCGGCACGUCAGCGGCGUCGUCGUCGUCGGCGGCCUCCAAACAGGACAACUCAUCAUUUUUUACAAUUACUGUUUACAUUGAAGAUAUUAACGAUAAUGAUCCCGAAUUUAUCAAUCUACCGUACGUGGUAACGCUCGACGAAUCAACGCCAAUUGAGACGGUGGUGUUUAAUAGAAUUAAGGCAAUUGAUCGUGAUAAGCCAAACACGCCGAAUUCCGACCUCGAGUACGCGCUGGCGGCGAAGCACAUGAAGAGCGGCGACUUUCCGUUCCGGCUGGAGGGUUCCCAGCGGCCAUCGUUGGUGUUGCAGCGGCCGCUAGACUACGACGCCGGUUGGCGUUCGAUGAGCGUCCAGAUUGUGGCAAGUGACCGGGGAAAUCCACCCCGAUCGGCCAACGCCACCAUCCGGGUGAACCUGCGUGACGUCGACGAUCUGCCACCGAUUUUCACACGCGCGCAGUACCGGACGCGCAUCAAGGAGUCGUUCCCACUGACGGGCAAACCCAUCCACGUGCCGUUGUAUGUCGAGCCGCCCAUCAUGGCGUUCGAUCAGGACUCGCUGAAUGAGACGCUCGUGUAUGGCAUUGUGGCUGGUAACGAACGGCAGCUGUUCUGGAUCGAACCAGAUACCGGUGUGCUGUUUAUGCAGAAGGAGAUCGAUCUCGAGAGUGAGUCCUUGCCUGACAACACGUUUGCACUGCAGAUCGAAGCGCAGCAGAUGAACGACCCCACGAAGAGUGCAUUCGCGCGGGUUGAGAUUGAGGUGAUGGACUUGAACGACAAUGUGCCGGAGUUUGAGGUGGAUCUCUACAACAUCUCCAUCAUUGAGAACCUGCCGAAGGGUUUUAGCAUCUUGCAGGUGAACGCCAUCGAUCGAGACCAGGGUGAGAACGCCGAGUUUUAUUACUAUCUGAUGGACGAGGACCCACCAGGUGCGUUCCUGAUCGAUCACGGUUCUGGCUGGAUCGUGGUGCGCGAUGAAACUUUUCUCGACAAGGAACAGCGUGGUUCCCUCAAGAUGAACGUGCACGCAGUCGAGCGGAUCGAGCAAUACGACGGAAGCCGCAACUAUGGUCGAGUGCAAGUCGAGAUUACGCUGCUUGACACCAACGACAACACACCUGAGUUCGAGCAGGGUACGCUGUACGAGUUCAAGACACACUGCAACGCUACGGCUGGUACGAAAGUUGGCCGGAUCCGAGCACUCGAUCCGGAUGAUAAGGGUAAUGGACAGAUCCGAUACAGUGUCAAGAACGUGCGGCCAAACCUAGCCAUCCCAUUCCGGCUCGACCCGGACACGGGCGACAUCCGAGUGGCGGAAACACUCACCUACGGUAAGGUGGCAUUCUUCGUGGAAGCCCGCGAUCAACCGCAGAAUCCAUCGGAGUCACGAUUCAACGUGGCCCUGGUGACAAUCGACAUUGUGUGCCAGUCAAUCGAGGACAUCGAGUUCAUUGGUGCACCCUACGAAUUCUGGGUCGGAGCGGAUGCCGCCAUUGGUUCAUCGGUGGGUCAGAUCCGGACCACCUUUGACAUGGUCUCAGAUGAGGAGAUCUUCUUUGAUCUGCUGCAUUCGUACCCCGAGGGUGUGCCAUUCGCGAUAGAGGAGCGAUCAGGGAUCGUAACGGUGAUCGAGUCGAUGGAACGGUUUGAACGAAGGUGUUAUGAGUUCGAGACGGUUGUGUCCUAUCUACCAGACUCAGCCGGUAAGAACGUGGACGCACUAACACCUGAGGCAUACAACAGUCUAGAGAAGAUCAUUGUGACAAAUGUCACGAUCCACGUGAUCAAGAACAAUUUUAUGCUGCUGCGUGGCACCAACUCAACCCCGAUCGAGUUCCGCGUGAAAGAAAACAAGCCAAAUGCGUUGAUUGGACAGCUCAAGUUCCAGGACUUCCGAGAGCAAUGUGAUGCGGAUGAGAAAGGACCUCCACCGUUGAUCUCCGUGCGUGGUGACAAAAACCGAGGUGAUCGGCAAGUGUUCCAACUGAAUGGGGGCAAGAAUCGGACGCGAUAUGCUCGCCGGUUCACACGAGAUGUCGCGAGUCAGACAGGUCCAGUACGACUCUAUCCACUGGUGGCGUUCGACGUCGUUCCAAGUGCUACCAACGGCAGCCGGAAAGCGAGGAACUCGCGAAAUCCCACAAGUGGUGUGCAGUACUCUCUCGUGAACAGCUACGACGUAGCGGACAGGGUACACCUGACGAACGACGGAAAACUGAUGACGAUCAAAGGGCUCGAUCGCGAGCAGCAGGACGUCAUCCGAGUGACGAUCAUCGCUGAAUACUUCUACAAGCAGCGCACAUUUGCUGGUAUCUACCAGGUGUUGAUCGUGGUCGAGGAUGAAAAUGACAACCCGCCUACGUUCAAUCAACCGUUUUAUCUAGGUGUGAUUGCGGAAAACUCACCGAUCGGUACUGAGAUCGUGCUAAACAACCCGAUCAUCAUUUCCGAUGCAGACGCGCCUGGGCCAAACGCUGCCUACGAACUGCUGCUGUCGGGAGAAUCCAACUCCUUCGUUGCGCAGUUCUCCAACGCGACGCUUUCGAACUACAACAAGACGGUGGCGCACAUCUUCCGCAACCUACAGAUCGCGAACAUCGACCCAGGUGAGGCACGAUUUGGACGACCUAUCCACCGGCCACAUAAGCAGUUGGAUGACUCGAGUGGUAACGCUAGCACGCCACACUAUAACGUCCUGUUCAUGGGUCCAAACCGGCUCGAUCGAGAGGAGAUCGAAAGCCUCACACUCAAGAUGGUGGCCACCGACCGAGACAACCUGCUGUCGGAGGUUGAGCUAAGGAUCUUGAUCCUGGACGUGAACGACUGCGCACCGGUGUUCGAGCGCGUUGCCAUCUUUCGCAAGAGUCGCUGCGAAAUGCUGGAGAACUCAAGCGAUCUCGAGCUGAUGUACCUGGACGAGAUCGAGACUGAGGUGUUGCCAGAGUUCCUCGAGCGUUCUCCACCUGAGGUUGGUAGUCGCGUUUCGUACGGUGUGGACAGCCUGUUCGAAAUGGUUCAAUCGGCGCCAUACGUCGGCAUGCCACGGUUAUACGACGCUCAAGCACUGGUGAUUACGAACCGAACUACUGACCAUCGGGACAUGGUGAUGCGCCGCAAACUGUACAAACAGAAGGUCCGCCAGCGUGGUAGGAACGUACGAGCAGCCGCUAAGAAGCCCCAGCUCAGGUUCGGGCUACCUGAGAACGUCGAAGUCGGUAAGGUGAUCUUGAAACUGACCGCGAACGACGAUGACUUCGAGCGAAACGCGCAGGUGUUCUACGAGAUCGCCGCUCAGACGGCUGGGACCGAUCGAGUCGACUACUUCCGGAUCGAUCGGCACAAUGGUGAACUGCGAGUAGCACGUCGACUUCCACCCGAAACCGAUGUGCGGUUGAACGUGACCGCGAAGGAUGCAGGUGGGUUAACAGAUUUGCUUCAGGUGCAGUUCCGUGUGCACGAUGUCAACGACAACGCGCCCGUAUUCGAACGUCAGUGGUACACCUUCAACGUGGAGGAAGGCUCUUAUCCGAUCACGGGCAAGCGGAUUGGUCAGGUACGCGCGAAUGACGCUGAUACGGGUAUGAACGGGAAUGUCACGUACCUUUUGAUGGCUGAGGUUGACCAGAAGCUGCCGUUCUCGGUAUCACCACUUGACGGAACGGUGCGUGUAAGCGGUGAGAUCGACCGAGAAAUGGUUGCGUCCUACAGAUUCCGUGUGCUUGCUUCUGAUGGCAACCUCGAUCUCAAACUAUCCGCCACAGUGGACGUGGAGGUGAUCGUGCAAGAUCGCAACGAUAACAGUCCGGAGUUUGCGGCUUAUGAUGAGGUGAGGAGCGAUCGGAAUGCUAUCCAGCGAUUGCCGGUGUACGUGGCAUAUCUGGAUGUGAACGCACCCGUGGGUACCUUCGUGAAACAGGUAUUGGCACGUGACAGUGACUUCCGCGAGAAUGGCAACGGACUCGUCAUCUACUCGCUCACAGGCCAGAGCGAGGUAUUACAGUUUGGUAUUGAUCCUAAAGAUGGCGUCGUGACGACCGCAUCCCGAUUCACGCCCAAUCCGACUGCGGGGAAGAAAACCUAUCAACACCUAAACAUAACCGUAGUGGCGUCGGAUUUUGGGACACCACCGCGCUCUAGCAUGGCACUGCUGAUCGUGAACCUACAGGGUGAUGCGAGGCAACCAACGGCAACCUCCGAUGAAAAGCCACCAUUAUUUCCGUACAAGUACUACGAGCUGGAGCUGCGUGAGAACGACCCAGCACCGAGAAUCGUUCUAAACGUGACACUCUCGAAGCACUACGCUGGAGACACGUUCCGGUGGGAGAUCGUAAGCGAGUCACUUGAGGAUCAGUUCCGAAUUGACGAACGGAAUGGUUCGUUGUGGUUGCUAAAGCCACUCGAUCGUGAAGAGCGUGACUCUUACGAGGUGCGGAUUCGUGUGCAGCGAAUUCGACGAGAGACCCGCAGCAUUCCAAGUGUGCUGUAUGCGCUUGAGAACCCGGUUAAACGGAAAAGCUCCAGUCGACUAUACGACAACGAGGUCGAGAUCAUGGUGAAGGUGAUGGACGUGAACGACAACGCGCCAGUGUUCCGGGAGAACUACGGACCGAUCAUCUCCGUCGUCCCGGACACCGCCAACUACGGCUACGCUGUCAUGAAGGUGCAGGCCACCGAUGAGGACGCUGGUAGCAAUGGAGCAGUUCGAUACUCGUUGCUGAACGAACCGGCGCGGUUGUUUGCCAUCGAUCCACUAUCUGGACAGAUCCGACUGCUAAACGCUCUGUCCACGUUCAAGGAGAAGGUGUUCGGGUUCGACGUGAAGGCAACCGAUCGCGAGGGUGCUGACGAUGGCCGGUCGACGAUCGCGAACGUGUUUGUGUACGUGUUACACGCACAUCAGGAGGUGUGCUUGAUCCUAGCGGGUCUGCCCGUGGACAUCGAGAAGCAAUUGGCGAUGAUCUCCUCCAGCCUGAGUACGGCUACUGGUUAUGAUGUUCGGAUACGAGCGCUCGAGAGCAACGCAAAGGUCGACGAUGCAACUAACCUGUAUCUGUACGCGAUCGAUCGGAAGACGAACGGGCUUGUGGAGAUGUCCGAACUGCAACGAUCACUAGCGCGACUCGACAUGUCGAAUCUGAAGCCACACCUGCCGAUCAUCGAGCUGACCGAGCUGGCAGUGAACUCGAUUGAGCCGCACUCAUUCGACGCCGCUGGCAUGAAGGGCAUCGAGUUGGCUACGGUCGUGAUCGGAGGGUUGAUCUUCGCUGGUGGAACUGCAACAGCCCUCUGCAUUGCCUGUGCCCGGUACCGGCGGCUCAUACCGCUGCCGAAUGGAGUCAGUGGUGGCGUCGGUGGAGGCGCCGGUGGAGGUGGCAGCAGUAACACAUCCGCGGAGGAUGUGCGCGUGCGAGGAUCCGUGUCAAGGAUCGGACUGGGUACCAACACCACGAGCAGCACACGACCGAUCACCGGUGCAGACAUUCAACCCGUCAUCAAUCGGUCCGACCUGAAGAGUUCCAUCUUCCAUCCGAACUUUCAUCGGCAGUUCGUAACGAACAUCAGCACCGAGGCGGUCCCAGAGCACAGUAACGAAGGAAACAACAGCGACAGCUAUGAGGAUUCGCUGAAGGACUCGCUGACGUCGAAUACGAGCCUAUGA